GGACCUCCCGGAGUGAGACAUGGACUUCGCUGAAAUCCUGCUCGCGCUGUUCAUCGUCGUGCUCGCGGUCGUCUCGCUGCUGUCCAACUUGCUGGUGCUGCUAUGCUUCGUGCACAGCACCGAGAUCCGCCGGCAGGUGCCCGGCGUCUUCACCAUGAACCUGUCCUUCUGCAACAUCCUCAUCGCGGCUCUCAACAUGCCCGCCACCCUGGUGGGGGUCAUCCGGCGGCAGCAGCCCUUCGGGGACUGCGCGUGCCGCACGGUGAGCUUCCUGGAGACCUUCCUGACCGCCAACACCAUGCUGAGCAUGGCGGCGCUCAGCAUCGACCGCUGGAUCGCGGUGGUCUUCCCGCUCAGCUACUCCACCAAGAUGCGCUACCGGGACGCGCUGGUCAUGGUGUGCUACUCCUGGCUGCACUCGCUCACCUUCUCGCUCACGGCGCUGCUCUUCUCCUGGGCGGACUACAGCGACGCGUACGCGUCCUGCACGCUGCGGCCGCCGCGCGCCGGCGGCGGCGACGCCGUCAGCUUCACCGUCUUCACCGUGGUGUUCCACGCCACCAGCUUCGCCCUGUCGCUGCUCAUCCUGUGCUUCACCUACCUGAAGGUGCUGCGCGUGGCCCGGUUCCACUGCAAGAGGAUCGACGUCAUCACCAUGCAGACCCUCUUCCUGCUGGUCGACAUCCACCCGAGCGUGAAGCAGAGGUGUCUGGCCGAGCAGAAGCGGAGGAAGCAGAGAGCCACCAAGAAGAUCAGCAUCUUCAUCGGCUCCUUCAUCAUCUGCUUCGCUCCUUAUGUGAUCACCAGGUUGGCCGAGCUUCUCCCCUUCGUGGACGUCAACCGCCACUGGGGGAUCAUCAGUAAGUGCCUGACGUACAGCAAGGCGGCGUCCGACCCCUUCGCCUACUCCCUCCUGCGUCAGCAGUACAAGAAGGUCCUGGUGGCCGCCGUCAACCGGCUGCUGCGCCGCGACCUCUACCCGUCGUCCGGCCACAGCAGCUCCUUAGACACCGAGAACGACUGCUGCCUCCAGAGGAUCAGCUAAUGGCAGACACACACACACACACACACACACUCCGUCGUACGGGCCAAAAAUAAAGGUUGUCUCUGGAAGUGAGGUGGGAGGAGGAGAG